GUGUACAUCAUGACAGAUGUUCCUGCGACAGUUAGUGGGGACAAGUGUAAUGGAGACAGACCACCUGAAAAUGGUCAACAACCUACCAGUAAAAUCAGUAAGCAAAUGACUGAUGUGGAUGGGACCCUGCCAUACUACAGGGUUGAACCCAGUCUUGAAGAUUUACCUAUGAAAGGAAAGCAGGAAGAAAGUGGAAAACCCCAAGGGAACAUAUUGCCCAAUUGGCCCAUGGACAAGAAGAUUCUAAAAGAAAACCCAGAAGAGAACCUCUUUGUUGUUCAUAAGGCCAUCACAGAUCUUUCUCUCCAAGAAACAAGUGCUGAGGAGAUGACAUUCAGAGAAGGGCAUCAGUGGGAGAAGAUUCCUCUGAGCAGCAGUAACCAGGAAAUAAGAAGAGCAAAGGAAAGAAUCAUGGAACAACCUCUAGAAGAGAGAGAGGAUGAGGGUAUUCAGAACAAAGCUUACCAGGCAACAGAAAUUGAAUGGUUGGGAUAUCGAAAACCUAGCCAAGUUGACAUGUUGCAUUGCAAACAUGAUGAGGAGGAAGAGGUUUGGAAUGAAGAAGCUAAUGAUAAUGGUGAUGAAUGCAAUGAUGAUGAAGAUGAAGUUCGAGUAAUAGAAUUUAAGAGAAAACAUGAAGAAGGUUCUCAAUUCAAAGAAGAAGGUGAUGCAAGUGAGGACUCCCCACUGAGCAGCCCCAGUUCCCAACCUGUGACACCUGAGGAGCAGCCAAUGUUAGGAAAGAAGGGUGAUAUCUCCAGAAAUGCUUAUUCCAGAUAUAACACAAUAUCCUAUCGGAAAAUCAGGAAGGGGAACACCAAACAAAGAAUCGAUGAAUUUGAGUCUAUGAUGCAUUUAUAA